AUGUUGCUCCAGAUCCCAAUUCCAUCUUAUUGUUUUUUUCAUCUCCAUAUCUCUCCGCAUCUCCUCCUUCCUCUCUCUCUCUCCCUCCCUCCCCUCUCUCUCUCUCUCUCUGUUUCAGCUUUUAUCUUCUUUAGUUUUUUAAUUUCCAUAUCUCUCCGCCUCUCCCUCCUCUCCCCCUCCCCUCUCUCUCCCUCCCUCCCCCUCUCUCCCUCCAUCCCCAUCUCUCUCUUUUCUCUCUCUUUAUCAGCUUUUAUCUUCUUCAUUUUUAAUGUCCAUAUCUCCGACUCUCCCUCCUCCUUCCCUCUCUCCCCUCCCUCUCUCUCCCUCCCCCCAUCUCUCUCUCUCUCUGUUUCAGCUUUUAUCUUCUUUAGUUUUUUAAUUUCCAUCUCUCUCCGCCUCCCUCCUUCCUCUCUCUCCCCCUCUCUCUCCCUCCUCCCCCAUCUCUCUCUCUUUCUCUCUCUUUAUCAGCUUUUUAUCUUCUUUAGUUUCUUAAUCUCCAUAUCUCUCCGCCUCUCCCUCCUUCCCCUCUCUCUCUCCCCUCACCCCCCUCUGUCUGUCUCUCUCUUUCUCUCUCUCUCUCUCAGCUUUUAUCUUUAG